CCUUUGCCUGUGUCUUUGCAGCAGCCCCGGGUUGUUUGGUGCCUCUGUCCCUUAUCAUCAGCUCCUGCCAGCUGCACCGCACCUCCUCCCCGACCUUUGCUCGAGGCUUGUUUUCCUCUGGGUCCCGGGGAGCUCGGGCUCACUUUCACUCAAGGCCGGUCCUGCCCAGACACUUCACCAUGUGCACGGGGAAGUGUGCCCGCUUUGUGGGGCUCUCCCUCGUCUCCCUCUCCCUGAUCUGCAUCACGGCCAACGCUCUCCUGCUGGUGCCCAACGGGAAGACCACUUGGACCAAGGAUCACAUCAGCUUGCAAGUCUGGCUCAUGGCCGGCUUCAUCGGCGGGGGCCUGAUGAUACUGUGUCCGGGAAUUGCUGCCGUCCGCGCAGGGGGCAAAGGCUGUUGUGGUGCAGGCUGCUGUGGAAAUCGCUGCAGGAUGCUGCGCUCGAUCUUUUGCUCCGCGUUCGGGUUGCUUGGUGGCAUCUACUGCCUCUCGGUAUCCGGAACUGCGCUCCGAAUUGGACCCAAAUGCUUAAUGAAUGACACCUGGGAUUACCACUUCAAAGAGACCUUGGGCUCUUAUCUGUACAACCGCACGCAGUGGAGCUUGUGCGUGCAGCCGCCUGGUAUCGUCUACUGGAACGUGACUCUCUUCUCGCUGCUGGUGGCCGCCUCGUGCCUGGAGAUCUUGCUGUGUGGGCUGCAGCUGGUGAACGCGACCAUUGGUGUCUUCUGUGGCGAUUGCCGGAAGAAAGAGGGCGCCCCCCACUGAGGCUCCACCGACCUGGUCCGUUGCUCCUGGACGCCCGCCUGGCCCUCCCCCGUCCCUGGAAUAAACUAUUUAGAGCUCUCC